UUACCCGGAUGAGAAAGGAGGAAAAGUUUUUCAAAACACGAUGCUUUGUUUCAUAAUUAUCGUUUCAAUUGAUCCCAUUUGAUUGCACGCACACCAUCAGAAUCACUCAUGAAGAAGAGAAUGUUUUCCAAGUUCACAAAUUACCUCCAUCAAGCUGUGGAAGCGCUUGCCCCACAGAUUCCCUUACAGGAGGAAUUUGUUUAUCACUGGAAAUCAGUAACUGGCUACUUCAUGGACAACAGAGGUGACAAAUUGCCUGUGGAUCAAACCAAUAUUCCAGUACACCUAGACCAGAUGGUGAUACUAUUGCAGCAAGAGGAAAGUGUGUCUGACAGGAACAGCACAGGACCAUGCAUGGAGUAUCUCCUUCAACAUAAACUAUUAGAGACCCUGUACUCCCUUGGUAGGACUGAUCAUCCCCCGGGUAUGAAGCAAGCAGUUCUGACAUUCUUCACAAAGUUAUUGUCCCGACUGGAACAGCCACUACUACCCCAUGUCAAUGUCCAUAGGGCUGUUCAUCGUCUUGUAAAGGCAUGUGGUGAAGUGAAAGCUGCCCCAUCUGAAAGCGAAGAGAUUCAGUUCCUUUGUACUGUAUGUGCCAAAAUCAAAGAAGACCCUUAUCUAGUCAACUUUUUUAUUGAUAUACCAAAGAAAAAGAUAUUGCCUGGAGCUGCCAAACCUGUUACUACACUACCCUCAGAAGAGUCACAACAGUCGGCUGGAGUAUCACAACAACAAUCUGAUGAUCAGACUCCAACUGGUACCACCAACACGUUAAAGGAGUUCAGCCUUGUCUCCUCCCUCAUUAUUCUCAGUCAUAGUGCAGACAGUCGUGUAGCAGUGAAGGCCUGUGAGGGACUCAUGUUGUGUGCCAGUCUUCCAGAACCUGCUGCAGCUAAGUGUAUAAUUGAAGACACCUCCUUUUGUACAGAGUUGUCUCAGCGACUGGUUGAGUCCUACCUGAAACUUCCAUCAUUGGUCAAUCCUGUGGAUCUGGAGAAUGUGGAAGCCAAGUGGGGACUUGACGUGAUAACGGAGAGUGAAGAUCAUCAGACGUUUUUGGGGAAACGUCACUUGGUUUCCUUUCUGUCCUGGUUAGAUUACUGUGAUCAGCUGAUUGGAUUAUCCAAUCCAAGUGUAGGGACGGCGUUAGCCAAAUCAAUCAGAAACUUAUUCCUGGACGUGAUUAUGGAGCCGUCCAUCCUACAGACAUCCGAGUCUGGAGCUGUGCUGGCCACAGCAUACCUGACACGAUGUUUGCGGACUGUCUGCUCACCACAGUUGUUACUAGAGUUUUCUAAAUUUAUCCUUGGAGACAAUCGGGAGCCAGAAGUGGUAGACAUAGCUGAGGGUGCAGUCAGAGAUAGACUCAUACAGCGAUGUAAUCAUAUCUCUGAUGAGUUGUGUCUGGUCACUUUGAAGCUGUUUGAUACACUGCUUCAGAAGGAGGAAGAACAUAUCAUACAUAAUCUUGUUCUUCGCAAUGUGAUUGGUCGAAAAUACUAUAAAGAGGAGGAGCCUGAAGUGAAGGAAGAGGAGUCUGGUGGUGCUACAGAGAAUGUCAGUCAGGCAACUGAUCCUGCUCCUAGCUCUGAAACUAUUGCAGAGGGAUCUGUACCAGAUUCAGCUACAGAGGCCAAGCCAUCAGUGAAUGGUUUAGAAAGGAGCCAGUCUGUGGAUUCUACAGGUACUUCUGGAGAGUCUAGUCUGUCAUUCGGCUCCAGUCCUACUACCUCACCCAGCAGAGGCAAGUCAGAAGUGCACAAGAUUGUCAACAGUUUUCUGUCUCUGCUGCCGGAGGAAUUGAAGUCCAGUUACCAGACUGCUGACAGUGGCUAUGAUAUGUACCUACGGGAUGCCCAUAAACAGUUUAAAGAUGUGAGUGGUAUGUGUUCUGGAUGGACCUGGCCAACUGAGGCUGUUCCAACGGGGGACAAGUCCGAAUCUGCUUUCUACGAAGGUGGCUUCCUCAAAAUGCUUCUAGACAAACUCUCACAUAUGCUUAAUCAGUCAUACUCGAUGAACCUUCAAGUGACCUUGUUGGUGUCCAAGCUGGCCAUGCUACCCCAUCCACACCUCAGCGAGUACUUGUUGGAGCCUAAUUUGCCCGUAAAGGAUGGUGCAAGGACACUCUUCUCCAUCCUAACUAAGAUUGCAAGUGAAAUAAAUGUGAAGCUUGGAAAUGACCCAGGGCUUAGCCAGAAACUAGUAGUUGCAAGGAAACAACUGAUGGGCAUGUCACCAAACAUUCACAGAUUGGAAGAUCACGGUCAGCUUGAAGCCAUUAUUGUCCUUGAAGAAUUUUGCAAAGAAUUGUCAGCCAUUGCUUUUGUGAAACAUCAUGCUGCUGUAACAAGGACAUAAUGAAGGUGAAAGAAGUAAACCCUUUGUGUUCAGAUGGAUCCUUUAUAAUCUAGUCUUGCUACAGUCCUAGUCAGAAUAUGAUGACAGGAAGCACAGUCUUCACCUGCUCUAAUGAAUGAGGAGCUGUUUACUCAAGUCUUGUAACUCCUACUACCUAGCACAUAGAUUUUACAUGCAAGGUGCCAAAUGUUUCUUUACCAUUUUUGUCCUGUCAAGGCUUUAUGAUACUGUAAAUACAAUACCCAUGAUUACUGUUUGAAUUAAGUCCUUUAAAAUAAUUAACUAAAGAAGAUUGAGCUUAUAGGUAAUUAGGAAUCAUUCAUGUGCCUUUUUAAUGGCACAUCAGUAACCUUGCCUUUAUGAGAUAUCUUUACAUUUUUCAGUAGGAAAUUAUUCAAAAAGAAAUAUGUGCUGCAGUAAGGAAGCAUAUACAUAAUCUGAGGUCAUUGGAGUAAUGACCAGUUAUUGUUAGAAAGUCAGUGCUGACUGUAUAUUACCCAGAUUACUUGUAUAGAAGAUAAUUCCCUGACAUUUUACUUUAUUUCAUGCAAGAGGGUAUCUACAGUAAAUCCUUCCAUCAUUUUGUAAUGCAGAGUUAUCUGCUCUUGUAAACAGGUACUGAUUAAUUACAUCAUUUUCUUAUGACAUAACCCACAAAUAAAUGGUGUAACAAUCAAUACAUGCCCAAAUGGCCAGAUAACUCUGUAUUAUGAAAAGACAUAAUUAAGUUGAAGAGACUGCAUAUAUCAUUUUUGAGUAUUUAUGGACAACACCUGUUAAAACAAUAUUACUGUUUGAUUUUUUUACUGUAUCUAAAUUUGGUCUCAAUAUUUAUCAAAAAUGUAGAAAGGAAAAGAAUGUCUUUUGCCAAAAUAUUCAUGUUAAAAUAGUUCUAGUCUAUGAAGCUACUUUGUUCCCAUUGGGAAGUGAUAAUUACCAUUUAAUUUUGGUAUAAAUUGUGUAUUAUUUUUCUGUCUUCCAAAGCACCGUCAGACUGCAAUGUUAAUAUGUCUGUUGUAUGUGAUUGCUUGUGACUUGAGAUGAAGGUUACACAGUUCAAGUCUUUGUGAAUGCUGUGCUGUGUUUGUGAUGUUAAUUACAUUAUGUUAGCUAUGUGAGUACAGUGCUAUAUCUUACGAGGGUACAACUGUGUAUAUGAGUGUAAGAGUGAAACCCUAUUUUUUAGGCCUUAGAUACGCCUGUCGAAAUACAGGUCGUAUUUUGUUAUCAUGUGAGCAAGUGGGCGACACACAUGGUGUCCGCUCGAUAACUUGAGAGUAGUUUUCAGAGGAUCAACUUCAUACUUCAUUACCAUGAUAGCUUGGACAAGUUUGAUUACUGUAAUUUUUUAACCAAAAUUCAUUGAGUUAUGGCUCUUAUUCAAUUAGCAAAACAAUGUCUGCUUGAUAAUGCAAGUAGUUUCAACAGAUCAACAUGACAGAUCAUAGAAAGGUUCAAUUCCAUGAUAGCUCAUGCAAGUUGACACUUGGACAAGCUUGUUGACCGCAUUUUUUCUCCUGUAAUGCACAGACUUAUGACCCUUUAUUCAAUUACCUAAACAGUGCACCCUUGAUAUCACAUUACCUAAACAGUGCCCCCUUGAUAUCACAAUUACCUAAACAGUGCCCCCUUGAUAUCACAAUUACCAAAACAGUGCCCCCUUGAUAUCACAAUUACCUAAACAGUGCCCCAUUGAUAUCACAAUUACCAAAACAGUGCCCCCUUGAUAUCACAAUUACCUAAACAGUGCCCCCUUGAUAUCACAAUUACCAAAACAGUGCCCCCUUGAUAUCACAAUUACCUAAACAGUGCCCCCUUGAUAUCACAAUAACCAAAACAGUGCCCCCUUGAUAUCACAAUUACCUAAACAGUGCCCCCUUGAUAUCACAAUUACCAAAACAGUGCCCCUUGAUAUCACAAUAACCAAAACAGUGCCCCCUUGAUAUCACAAUUACCUAAACAGUGCACCCUUGAUAUCACAAUUACCAAAACAGUGCCCCCUUGAUAUCACAAUUACCUAAACAGUGCCCCCAUGAUAUCACAAUUACCUAAACAGUGCCCCCUUGAUAUCACAAUUACCUAAACAGUGCCCCCUUGAUAUCACAAUUAGUUUUCAACAGAUCAACUUCAAACUUUAUAGGAAGGUUCAUUAUCAUUGGACAAAUUUGUUGAUCGUAUUUUUCCUCCUGUAAUUCACGGCAUUAUGACCCACUAUCCAUUUAACCAAAAAAUGUCUGCUUGAUAUCUUGAUUAGUUUUCAGGGGAUCAGCUUCAAACUUCAUAGGAUGGUACAUAACCAGUAGAGAGGGCAAUUGAAUAACCACAAAUUUUUGCCUUUAUUUUAGAGGUAGGGCCCCUUAUUUCAAUCAUGUGAACAGUGUUGGCUCAAGACCUAAAUUCAUGGAGUUAAGGCCCCUUAUUUCAAUCACCUAAGCAGUGUCUGCUUGUUAUCCAAUUAGAUACACUUAAAACUUUAUAGGGAGUAAAGGCCUUUGCAACAUUGAUGGAACAAUAACUUUAGUAUUUUGCAUGGAUCAUCUUUGAAUUGACACACGAUGGUUUACUCCGGUUUCCUCCAUCAGUACACAACUGGCACUGUCUGUAAAUGGCCUAAAUGUGUUGAUAAGACAUUAAACAUCACCUUCCUUUACUUUCUUGUUUUGAAAAGCUCAGUCAACCUUUGACAGGCAUGUCAUGUACCACCUCACAGAAUGUGGUAGAGCUAAACAAAAACAAGAAAGAAUCUGAAAAUAGGAUGGUGUGAGAUAAAAUUAUAUGCAUGAAAAUGAUAAUUAGGAAAAAACAAUUGGAGGGAGAUUUAAACAUGCCCCACACUUUCCAGGUAAAUGUAUGUUUGUGCUAUAUGAACAUGUAUUUUACCAUGAAGGAGAAGUUACUAUUAGAUUGACAUAUAGAUCAUAACUUUAGUGGCUUGUUAUUAAUUCAUAUAUUGGUUGACAGCUGAAGUUACAGAACAUAGAAGUAGGUAGAUCCAGACCUAGUAUUAGAUAUAUUUCUUACAUUACAACAUAACAUCGAGGCCUGCUUGUUCAUCCUGUUAUUGACCUGCCACGUAAUUGUAGUUGUUAAAUUUUAAGACAGUUUAUAAGCCUUUUAGUCUUGCCUAUCUCCUUUAUUUUUAUAUCAAUUUUCAUGAACUUGUUUUAAUCAUUUUACAGAGUUUUCGUAACUGAUUCAGCAAUUUUAUUUUUCUAUUAUAUGAUUUGUUUACUAAUUGUUUAUGUUUGUCCAUUUUACUACACAACAGUGAAAAAAUUGCUAAGAAUAUGUGUACUUGUACAUGUAAUUUCUUUUGAUACAGAUGAUAUGAAAUGUUGUUUUCAAUCAUCAAAACAAGCAGUACAUCGCAUUUAGCUCUGUUGUUCAGAAAAUUACCAUUCUAUAGCAGAAUUGGUGUUGAUACUAGUAUGAAACAAAUGUACUGACAAUAUGUAUUGAUUUGACAGUUUUGUAUAAUGCCUCCCUCGUCUUGUUUUUUGCCAUUUUAUUCAUAUUUUCAAUUAUUUUGUUUCUUAUCUACAUAUACAACUGUAUAUAUUAUAUUUAUUUUGAAAUGAAAUCCAUACCCGUGUGUCUCCUGAGAUUCAAAUCUCAAUUUCUAGUCAUAUUAAGCUUCCAGAAUACUCAUGCCUUAAUUAUUUUCCUGAAUGAGACCUGUUAUAUUUAUGAAAUCAUGGUAUUAAAAUGUUUUGAUGGAAAAAAUA